AUGCGAUGGUUACUUAAAAAUAUGAAUAUGGGAGUUUUUCUGGGCCUACUAUUUAUUCUCUUUUGUGACAACAAGAGUGUUAUCCAAAUAGCACACAAUCAUGUGUUUCAUGAGGCGAACAAAGCAUAUCGAAAUAGCCUAACUCACUUAGGGCACUUCGUUCGCCAUCACUUUCUACAGGGUUCAAUGCCAUACAUUUCCUCAGAGCUUCAGAUCGCGGAUCUUCUUACGAAGUCCCACACCACUAUGCGAUUCCGAUACUUAGUAUCCAAACUCCAGAUGUUAUCCCUUGAGGCAUCUUGA